AUGACUUAUGAUGUAAAACGCAAAGCUUUGAUUGACAGGUCAAAACACUCCGACCAUGUGUUGGCCUGUCAAUCUAUACCAGUUUACGCGGGACUCGUGCUGUACCGAUACUUCGUAGGUGACUUAUUCCACGAAUCUGGGUCAAACGACUUUAAGAUAGACUGUAAAGAAAUAUUGGAGUUGGACAGGUCUGCCGUAAGUGGUGUUUAUGAAAUAAGACUUCGUAACUCAAAAAAGAUACCAGUUUAUUGUGACAUGACAACAGAUGGCGGUGGCUGGACGGUUUUCCAAAACCGGUUUGAUGGCUCGACUGACUUUGCAAAAACAACGUUAAAAUUGUACGAAGACGGAUUCGGGGACGUUAAUGGCGAAUUCUGGCUUGGUCUACGGUAUGUUCAAGAACUGACAGAAUCACCGACAGAACUUUGGUAUAGUUUAUCAGUUAUGAGCGGAGAGACAGCGCAUGAGCAGUAUGAUCGUUUUGAACUCGUUGGUUUGGCGGCGAGCACUGGAACAUUUCUCGGAUCCUUGGAUAGAAAUGAAUUCACGGUUUAUGAUCCGGUAAUGAAUGAACACUGUGGCGGAUGGUGGGGCUUUGAUUAUGAAUGUGUUUAUUUAAACUUCAACAAGGGGUACAGCGAAGGAGCGUGGUACUACAAUGCAGUUCAAAGCAAGUUAAACACUUCGCGAAUGAUGCUACGAAGAAAAUAG